AUGAUAUCUGGCUUGGUUGCAUAUAGGAGCUAUUCUAUACACAAUAACAAUAACAUCACCAACGAGGAAACGCACAAAAUGGCAGAGAGCCACCUUUUCCAAACGCCUCAGCGACUCCUUUUCAUCGCGUCUAUCGGCAACAAACCCCCUUACCACAAAACAAGACACAGUGCAGGCCACGUCCUCCUCGAGGCGUUAACUCCUCGUCUCCUAUCACAGAUGCCCACCAUCGAAUUACCACACUACACGAUGCCCACGUACCAAACCUGGCGCAGCCCAUCGUGGAUGAACCAUUCAGGAAAGAGACUCACCCGAGAAGUGGAGGACUGGAUCUUCCUACGGAGUAAUGACCUGAAGAAAUUCUAUUCGACACUUGUCAUUCUGCACGAUGAGCUGGAAGCGCCGUUGGGGAAAUUGAGAGUGCGGAGAGGUGGACCUGAAGCAGCGAGUUUGCGCGGUCAUCGCGGUCUGAUUGAUGUUAUGGAAACUCUGCAGAAGAAGCGUCUUUAUCCUCCGCAGAAGAACCGUAGCCCGGCUAGAGAUCUGUCGAUACUACGCGUUGGAGUCGGGAUUGGUCGGCCCUUGAGUAGGGAACGUGCGGAUGUUGCAGAAUAUGUCCUUGGGGAAUUGCCUCCGAUGGAGAUAGAUGCUGUGCAGAAGGCUGCUGACCCUAUUCUCGAUAUUCUGAUUGAGGAGGUCUAUCGUGAGAGAGAAGAGACAUGA